ACACUGCUUGGCUAGGGAAUGAGGGAAGAUGAUAGCCAAUUGAAUGGAACAUCCAUUCGGGGGCGGGGUCAAAGAGGGACACGCCCCCUCCCCGCCCCCUCGUACCAAACUACACUUCCCAUUGUGCCCUCUCGCGCUUCCUGCCGCGCUGCACGCUGGGAGUGCAGGACCGCGAGGCCUCAAGGUAUUUUGGAACUCGUAUUCUUUAGUCAACUAGGUCCUAAAAGUUAUAAGCUAUUAUAAUUCUCUCUUUUUCCCUAGAUAAACUUUUUUAAGCUCUCACUUCGACAGUAGUUAUUCUAAUAAUAAUUAGCUUAUUGUUUCAAAAUGUAACACAUUAUUUCUUAGCAAAGAAAGUUAAUGAUGUGUUCCAUCGCAAUCUGUCAGGACCUGGGAGCCUCUUCUUCCGCCCUGGCAGGGUCUCCACAGAAGAUUUGUUGCCGUCAUGUCGGCUGCGAUUGCAGCUCUGGCCGCUUCCUAUGGUUCGGGUUCAGGGUCCGAAUCGGACUCGGACAGUGAGAGCAGUCGGUGUCCGCUGCCAGCCGCCGACUCCCUCAUGCACUUGACUAAAUCGCCUUCAGCAAAGCCGUCUCUAGCAGUGGCAGUGGACUCGGCUCCGGAGGUGGCAGUUAAGGAAGAUUUGGAGACUGGAGUUCACCUUGACCCUGCCGUCAAAGAAGUUCAGUAUAAUCCUACCUAUGAGACCAUGUUUGCUCCUGAGUUUGGACCAGAAAAUCCCUUUAGGACACAGCAAAUGGCUGCCCCUAGAAAUAUGCUUUCUGGAUAUGCCGAACCAGCUCAUAUCAAUGAUUUCAUGUUUGAGCAGCAAAGGAGAACUUUUGCAACAUAUGGUUAUGCAUUAGACCCUUCAUUAGAUAAUCAUCAAGUGUCUGCUAAAUAUAUUGGUUCUGUAGAAGAAGCUGAAAAAAAUCAAGGUUUAACUGUAUUUGAAACUGGUCAGAAGAAAGCAGAAAAGAGGAAGAAGUUUAAAGAAAAUGAUGCAUCCAAUAUUGAUGGUUUCUUGGGACCAUGGGCAAAAUAUGUGGAUGAAAAAGAUGUAGCCAAACCUUCAGAAGAAGAGCAAAAAGAAUUGGAUGAAAUCACAGCAAAGAGGCAGAAAAAAGGAAAACAGGAAGAAGAGAAACCUGGGGAGGAGAAGACAAUCUUACAUGUUAAAGAAAUGUAUGACUAUCAAGGCAGGUCCUAUCUUCACAUACCUCAGGAUGUUGGUGUUAAUCUACGGUCAACUAUGCCACCUGAGAAGUGUUAUCUUCCCAAAAAACAAAUUCAUGUGUGGUCUGGACACACAAAGGGCGUCAGUGCAGUCAGAUUGUUUCCUCUCUCUGGCCAUUUAUUGCUGUCUUGUUCCAUGGACUGUAAAAUUAAGCUAUGGGAGGUUUAUGGAGACCGGCGCUGUCUGAGAACAUUUAUUGGUCACAGUAAGGCUGUUAGGGAUAUCUGCUUCAAUACUGCAGGAACACAAUUCCUCAGCGCAGCCUAUGACAGGUAUCUUAAGCUCUGGGACACUGAGACAGGACAGUGUAUAUCAAGAUUUACAAACCGAAAAGUACCUUACUGUGUCAAAUUCAAUCCUGAUGAAGAUAAGCAAAAUCUCUUUGUGGCUGGGAUGUCUGAUAAGAAGAUUGUGCAAUGGGACAUUCGAAGUGGAGAAAUUGUGCAGGAAUAUGAUCGGCAUUUGGGAGCUGUCAACACCAUUGUUUUUGUGGAUGAGAAUAGGAGAUUUGUGAGCACAUCUGAUGAUAAAAGCCUAAGAGUUUGGGAAUGGGAUAUCCCUGUGGAUUUCAAGUACAUAGCAGAACCCAGUAUGCACUCAAUGCCUGCAGUGACUUUGUCUCCAAAUGGAAAAUGGCUAGCAUGCCAAUCAAUGGACAACCAAAUCUUAAUCUUUGGAGCACAGAACAGAUUUAGAUUAAAUAAGAAAAAAAUUUUUAAGGGCCAUAUGGUAGCAGGCUAUGCUUGUCAGGUGGACUUUUCACCAGACAUGAGUUAUGUGAUUUCAGGAGAUGGAAAUGGAAAAUUAAACAUUUGGGACUGGAAGACCACAAAACUCUACAGUCGAUUUAAAGCUCAUGAUAAAGUGUGUAUAGGUGCAGUGUGGCAUCCUCAUGAAACUUCUAAGGUCAUAACAUGUGGUUGGGAUGGUCUCAUUAAAUUGUGGGAUUAAUGAGAUUAAUCCUUAAACUAGCUGGGAUCAUUUUUGAUCCAUUGUCAUAUUUAUAUUUAAUUAUUAAAUGUAUCAGAUGAUAACUUGAUUUACAGAUAAUGUUGAUGACAUUGACCCUUUGUUUAAAAAAAGAAACUGUAAAUUUGACAUAAUUUCAUUUGCAACUUCAUUUUGUUUUUUAUAAAUGUUAUUUAUACAGAAAGUGGCUAUUGACUUUCUAUUUGACAAGUAGUUAUAAUUGGCAAGCAGUUUGAGUUUACACUCAUAACAUACUGAAAGCAUCUCUUUGGGGUCAAGAAAGAAUCCCUAGUGGAUUUGGGAUUCUAGAGGAGGUGUUAUAAUUAAUUAUUCAGAAAAAUGCAUGUAUUUACCUCUUCAACCAAAAGGACAGUAAAGAAUAGGGAUAAUAUAUUUUAAUGUAAAUUUGGAAGAAGGAUAAAAUCACCCACAGUUACUCUCCCUAUUAUUUUCACUGGGUCAAGUUUUAAUCUUUUGGCUUCAUGAGUUCCACUCCCUUUGAUGACAUAUGUUGUAUAUUUUUAGUUGUAAAGCAGUAAUCUUUAACUGCAGCAUUCCUCUAAUUAUAAACAAUGAAAAAUAAAAAUCAGUCCAGAGUUCUUUUGUUGACUUAAUUCCUGAUCAGUAUAGACAGGACUAUAUAUAUAUUUAAUCAGAUAAUUACAUUGUAUCUGAAGAUGGAACUCAGGAGAAUGCACCAAGACUUUGAAUUGUAUUUACAUUCACUGUCAGUAAAGACCUGGCUACACUUUGAGAAAUCAGGAUCUCCUAGGUCAUUGCUUCGCAGCUGUAAUUACUGAAAUCCUCCUCAUAGGAGAUAAAGUACGAGGGGUAGAGUCCAAGAUGUCAACUUGUAAUUUCUUUGAAGUCAUAUGUUUUAUCUUUAAAAUUAUUCUUAUUUUGCCUGUGAAUAUAUACAACAGGACUUUUUAAGAUUAAAAAAUUUUUAGACCUCUAUGUCUGAAAAAAAAAAUGACACUCCUGGAAGAUGGCUAGGGUUCCCCAGUUUUAGAAGCAGUGGCCAUGGUGAAAAAUAGUUUUUGAAAACAUCAGAUUAUAAAAUCAAGAUAGGCCGGACGCGGUGGCACAUGCGUGUAAUCCCAGCACUUUGGGAGGCUGAGGCAGGUGAAUCACCUGAGGUCAGGAGUUCAAGACCAGCCUGGCCAACAUAGUGAAACCCCAUCUCUACUAAAAAUACAAAAAUUAGCCGGGCGUGGUGGCUGGCGCCUGUAAUUCCAGCUACGCAGAAGGCUGAGGCAGGGAGAAUUGCUUGAACCCAGGAGUGGAGGUUGCAGUGAGCUGAGAUCAUGCCACUGCACUCCAGCCUGGGCGACAGAGCGAGACUCACCUCAAAAAAUAAAAUAAAAUCAAGAUAACCUCUUGAAUGUAGUAGCUCAUAGCACUUUAAUUUGGCAAGCCAUUUUUCCUGUUUUAUUAUAAAUCUAUAUUAGAUGUUUGAAUAUGGUUUGAAAUAUUUCACUACCGUGCUGAAAAAGAUUGGUUAAUAGCUGCUUGGAGUGCUAACUGGAAGAUCAAAAUCAUGUCUCUUGCUGAUAACCUAAGAGCAUUAAGCUCUGAGUCCAGUGAGGUCAUAGCAGUGUAUGCUCCUUGCCCUUACGGAGUGUCUGUUUUUAGAAAUUUAGAUUUUAAAAGGCGUGGGACAUACGACCAGGCCCUAUAGCCACAUAAAAAUAAAUUUCGUAGAAAAAGAAUAACAGCGGAGAUAUAUUUUUUGACAUAGAGGCACCCAAAGAAAUACAAACAUUGCCUAGCUGCUGCCAUUUCUGUAACUGCCCAGAAGGGUGACAGAUUUCUGAAGGGGAAAGGAUUCAGAUAUGACCUUUUCUUUAGUCCCAACCACUAGUUUUAACAAAUGUGAAUUAUUGAAAUGUGAAGGGACAAAAAGAAUCAUACAUUUAAACUGUCUUGUUCAGCAUACCGAUAUUGUAUGUUACAGAUCAUCAUUUCUAAAUCUGGAUUGAUUCUGUUGUGUUUUUGACUGUUUCUAAAGUAAGUGUAUAUAAAAGUUGUCUCCUUUUUAAAAAGAUCGUAUUUUUAAAUAAAGCAUUUUUUGUAGAAAGUGCUAUCAAAA